AUGCAGAACGCGGCGCAGCGUCGCAAGGAGGCGGACGAGGCGCGGCUCAAGAAGAAGGAGGAGCUCAUGGAACGACAGCGAGAACGCGGGAGCCGACGGGGCGAGAGCGGAGGGCGGCCGUGGGAGAACGCGAAACCCGACCCGAAGCUGGGCGAGUUCGAAAAGCACACUAAGGGCAUCGGCAUGAAGCUACUGGAGAAGAUGGGGUACAAGAAGGGCAUGGGCCUGGGCAAGGAUGGCAAGGGAAUGGCGGCGCCGAUGGAGACCCAGAUGAGGCCCAAGAACAUGGGCAUGGGCUUCAAGGGCUUCAAGGAGGCUGGGCAGCUCAACAACAAAGACGGCUCGGACGACGACGACGACGACGCGGCUCGGACCGGGAACACGAACAAGGCCGCCGAGAAGAUCGCCGCGGAGAACGCUAAGGCCAAGCGGGAGAAGGACGCGAGGGAGAAGGAGAUGUGGAAGCGUCGCAACGAGCUCAAGCGCGAGCGGCGAGAGUACAGAACGGCGGAGGAGGUUCUGGCGGAGCAGGAACGCGCGGAUCUCGAAGCGUCGGGGAUCGGAACCCGUACCGACGGAGGACCCGCGAGCCGCACGCCGGCACCCGCGAAGAUGACGGUCAUCGACAUGCGCGGGAGCCAGGCGCACGUCGUCACGGACCUGCGCAACCUCCGCGGGGACGUCGGCACAAAUGGGGGAGCGGCGGCGGAUGACGACGAGGAGAUUGCCUUCCCGGAGCUUCAGCACAACCUGCGUCUCAUCGUCGACCUCGCCGAGGCGGAGAUUCAGGCGGUGGACGCCAAGAUACGGCACGAGAAGGACACCAACGUGUUGCUGCGAAGGGAAGCGGAUCGGCUCAGGGCGGACGCGGACGAAGCCGAGCGGGCGGCGGAUUCGCUCGACCGAAUCCUUCGUCUGGCGGAGAAGUGCGAGGUUUCCGCCCAAUCGCGCGGUGCCACGUUGGAAGAUCUGGCCACCAUGUACUCGGACAUGAAGGCGUCGCACCCCGACGAGUACGUCAGACACGGCGUACAAAGGCUGGCGGUUGCCCACGCGCACCCGCUCGUCGCGGAUUUGUUUCGCGAACCGUACGAUCCCCUGACGGAACCGACGCGCGGGACUUUGACGCUUAAACGAUGGAAAGAACUCCUCGACGGGGACCACGGAACAAACGACAUGUUCGGACAUAACGUGGACGACGACGCGAUGUUCGUGCUGUUGGCUGAGGCGGUGAUUCAGCCGCUGCGACGGGCGGUGACGACGGGGUGGGACGCAAAGUCGCCGGAGCCGCUUCUCCGUUGGUUCGACGAGUGGCAUCCCGCGGUCCUAUCGGCGGGCGCGAUCGAGGAGCUUCAGGUCAAGUGCGUGCUGCCCAAGCUGCAGAGGGCGGUGGAGGCGUGGAACCCGCUCAAGGACCCGGUGCCGAUACACGCGUGGCUCCACCCGUGGCUGCCCUCGCUCGGCAAUGCCAUGGCGUCGCUCUGGGCGCCCAUCCGACACAAGCUCACCAACGCGCUCGCCGCGUGGCACCCGUCCGACCAAUCCGCGCUCGGGCUGCUCGCCCCGUGGCGCACCGUCUUUGACGUGAGGGACUGGGACGCCCUCCUGGUUCGAUCGAUCCUGCCCAAGCUCCAGUACGCGCUAUCCGAGGUGAAAAUAGACGGCGUCAAUCGCGCGGCGCAGGUUUUGGAACCCCUUGGUUGGGUGCUCGCGUGGGAAGGGUGCGUGCCCGCGGGUCGCAUGACGCAACUCCUGGAAAGCGGGUUUUUUCCCAAGUUCCACGCCGCGCUUCACGCCUACCUCGCCGCGCCGGGGGUGGACCUGGAGGAGGUGACGCGGUGGUACCUCGAGUGGAAGGGCUCGUUUAGCGAGGAUCUGUUGGCGCACGAGCGCGUUCGUCGGCAGCUCAACGCGGCGCUGGACGUCAUGAACGCGGCCACCACCGGCGACGGUACGCACGUACGACGCGGAUCGUCCCCCGUGAGCGAGCGGGCGCGCGAGGGCGGCGACGACGCGGCGAAAGGGGCUGCGAACGGGGCUGGUGGCGGCGCGAAAGGGGCGAGGUUGAAAGGGGAUGCGAAAACGUCGAAAGGGGCCGGCGUUGACGACGACCCCGGGGCGGACACGAUGAGCCUGCGGGAGGCGGUGGAGGCGUUCGCGCAGGCUAACGACCUGACGUUCAUGCCCAAACCCGGUCGGCAGCACGAGAGCCUUCAGGUGUACUCUUUCGGCUCGGUGUCCGUGGUGGUGGACAGCGCGGGUGAGAUGUUACGCGCGAAGAUUGGCGACCGGUGGGCUCCGGUGAGCCUGGACACGCUCCUGGCGGCGCACAAGGAGAGAGCGCGGGCGAAGUCGAAGACGUUCUGA